GUGGCACAUGGCAGAGUGUGGCGAUGGACACAGCAAUGGGACCGUACAGGCAGCAGCAUGAGGAGGCAGCAGCAUGAGGAGGGUACAGGGGCCCAUGGCAGAUUAGGGGCCUGGCAGCAGCUAUGGGAGGCCCGUAAUCUGCCAGCACCCUAUGACAAAAAAUGGAACACACCAGCAGUGUGAGGAGACCUGAAAGUGGCACAUGGGCGAUGAGACACUGGGGGGACCCAUGGCAGCAGCAGAUGAGGAGGCGGUACAGGGGCCCAUGGCAGAUUAGGGGCCUGGCAGCAGCUAUGGGAGGCCCGUAAUCUGCCAGCACCCUAUGACAAAAAAUGGAACACACCAGCAGUGUGUGAGGAGACCUGAAAGUGGCACAUGGCAGAGUGUGGCGCUGGCAGCAGCAUGAGGAGGCGGUACAGGGGCCCAU